AUGCAGAGUCAGAAUGACUACCUCAGGCAAUGGCUGCCAAGGCAGGAAUCAUAUCUCCAUCACCUCCUCGAUCGAGAAGCUCUGCCAGAAGAUAGGAGAUGCAUCAUCUGUGAUCAGGAUGGGGUCUUCAAAUGUCAAGAUUGUCUUGGGGAGCCUCUCUAUUGCACAGGCUGUUGCUGGAGUCAUCAUCAUUGCAAUCCUUUCCACUGGAUCAGUCAAUGGAAUGGUCAAUUCUUCAAGCAAAGUUGUCUGGCUCAUGUUGGACUCGUCAUACACCUCGGUCAUGAUGGCAAGCCAUGUCCGGUAGUCAUGGAUAGGUGGGAUUUGUUUGAUGAAGAUGAACAAGAAGACCACUUUGAACCUGAAGAUCUACCUUCUGUGUUGGGACCCGAGUUCCAGCCCAAGGAAAAUACAAUGGUCAUCAUUGACAAGUCAGGAGUCCAUCGCCUCAAGGUUCGAUGCUGUGAUUGUCCCGAUGCCAUGAGUCCAGACAUUCAAAUGUUUCGAAAUGGCUUUUUCCCUGCAUCAUUUAACAAGCCGAAGACCGUGUUCACCUUCAGAGUGCUAGAUGAUUUUCUGUUGGACAACCUUGAAUGCAGUACCUCAGCAAUGAACUAUUACAGCAAGCUUCGGCGAAUGACCUCGAGCGUGUUUCCCCACCUCGUUCCGGACCGAUACAGAGAGCUUAUGAGAGUCGCUCGACAGUGGAGGCAGUUAAAGUCUAUGAAAUGGCAUGGCUUCGGGCAUAGUUCCGACAACCCGAAUGCCGGAGAUCUCGCAUUAUUCUGCCCGGCAUGUCCUCAGCCCGGGAUUAACAUAUCCUUGUCAGGGGAUGAAUCACUUGAUGACUGGAAAUACACCCGGUCAUUUGUGAUGGACGGAAAUUUCAAAGCCGAACACCUGCAUCCCAUCAAGCCAUAUGAUGAAGUAUGGCUCUCCGAUGGGUUGGAGUUUAUGGUGGGAAAGGAAAGACAAAUGAACAUGGACUACGCACUUUGUGAGGCUGCCCAGCACAACAUGGAUGGGAUUACAAGGGCUGUCACCUUCUAUGACAUCAACUGUCAAUACAACAAGCACUUGCAUGUUCGGGUGGAUCGAGGCCGAUUUCUGACAAUGGUUCCGGAAUUGACCAUCAUUCCUGGAAUUGGGCUGUGGCACAUCCACGGACAUCAGGAUAGCUGCUAUAUGAACGAUUCCAACUUUUGCAAGAUGAUCCGCAUGAAGAGGACCCUUUGCCGGAAAUACAAGCAGGCAAAGACUGGCAUCGCCGAAAGUGGAAAGGCUUUCGACAGACUCGACGAAGCCGCACUGACCAACUUAAAGACAGACUGGUUAGCAAGUGAGAGGAUCGCUCAGUCCAACAGAAUACAAGAUCCAGCUGCGAUGGAUAUAUAUGAGAUUAAUAUCAAGAAGGGUGAGAUCACUCUGUCUCGAUCGAAGUCUGAAUUCAUUUUGAACCCAGCACUGAGCAAAAAGGAGAUAGAGCUUAGACUGCUGCAGGAGGGUAAUGCCCGUCAUGCAGCACCCUCUCGCAGAUCUGUGGCAACAUGGAUAUCAAUGGGUCUGGCAAUUGAAGAGGCUCAAAUUGCAUUGCACAUCGAGGUCCGAAGAAUAGGAAAAAGAACUACUGAGACUCAGAGAUUAGACAUCGCCCGGCAACGUGAUCGUCUACAAGGCCAGAUAGAUGCAUUCACUCAGACUGCUCUGACGCAUCUGGGAGAGGGAUUUGAUGCAGAUGACGACCCUGACGAUUUGAAUAUAGACAUUCUCGAUGAUCUCGAUGAUGACCCGGAGGAUUUCAUCAGGAAGUCCGAUACAUGGACAAACUCCCCUGAGCUCACUGUCAUCCCAUUGCCAUCAAACCUUGGGGAUCUUAUUCCACUGGAGUUGUUGCUUCGUGAAGGACAGGCCAAUGAUGCCCUUCACAACCUCCAAAUUCACUUGUGCAACAAGGCAAUACUCUUCCAAACAACAGUCAGGCAAGCCAAAUCUCAAGCAUUGAAAACCCAAGCUUGGUCCCAGGUGACAUCAGUGCAGCAGGUGGUGUCCCUCCAUGCCAGCAUAUAUACCAAGACAAGGAAGCAAAUGAUGAAACUUGAGCCGGGCCAAGACCAGCUGGAAAAAUAUAAACCCCUGCUUCGGGAGCAGCUCAAAAUCAGCACGGCCGUCGGCGAUCCUCAUGCCCGAGGUCAGCGAAAUGAGUCUCUCGCUUGGUUCUGGUCUAUCGAAGUAGAUUUGGGGGGUCCGGAUCACUCGUGGAAUGAGGAAUUUUACCGAGUUCAUUGGCUUUGGGCAAAGGCACUAUGGGAUCGAUGGAAGGAAGAACUGAUAUUGGUGGAAUUGGAGAUGGAGUGGACGUGUAAUUUCUUCUUGUGGAAAUCAACGCAAUGGGGCGACCAGAUGAGGGAAUCAUUGGUGAAACACCUUCCGGGUCAUGCUUGCUACUCCGGAAGGCAAUCCCAAAUGUAUUCAUUACUGGCGCAGGAUGCUCAGGCAGCGUUUCAAGACCUGCAGAGCAUGUUAAUAGAUGCCUGA